UUGGAGGAAGUUAGUUUUAUGGUCAAAUGCACGUCCUCCUACAUUCUCCCUGACCAGAAGAUGUGUUUUGAUUUCCCGCUGAUGUCUUCCCCUGCGCAUCAUCUUCCGGAUGACAGUUUCUGAGGAUUCACGAAACAUUUUGUAGAGGAAAAGUCCUGUUUUGGAGGAAGAUCUGCUUUGGAGCGUCCUAUCAGCUGUCAAUGUUGCACCUUUCUUGAGGAGCGUGUGAACGUGUUCUAGAAAGACCUAUACAAUCACCCCCCACUUCCUCCCUCUCUUUCUUUUUCUCUGGCACUUUCAGUGCACAGUUGUACUGGACUUCCUUGGUGCACGGAUCUUCUCAUUAAAUAGAAACGUCAGGAAUUGGUGCCUAAGCAGGGCUUGUCAGUGAAAUUGCGAGGUGGACCAAGUGAGGAACGAACAGAAAGAACAAAAAAAAAAAAGAGGAGAAGAGCAAGGACAAGACUGCUAGAAGCAUUCCAAACCUUGUGAAGUACCUUCUUCUUCCUCUAUGUGUCAGAUUUAAUAAGCUCUAUUAUAGUGAUAUAAUAAAUUAUACACAAGAACUGUGAGCCUGAGAAGAGGGUAAAACAAGAAGGAUUCAGCCGGGUUUCCAAAGCUGAGCUCAAGAAGUUAAAAGAAGCUAAGUAAGGAAGCACUUUCAAGCUGCCGAAGAGCCCCUGACUCCUCGCUCAAAAUGAUGAUGUAUUUGUGGGGUAAUCAGGACGCCCCAGCACCCCCAGAAACCAUGGCCCAGCCUUACCCAUCGGCACAGUUCGCACCCCCUCAGAAUGGCAUUCCUGCUGAGUACACGGCGUCCCACCCCCACCCCACUCCAGACUACCCGGGCCAGACCCCCGUGGCAGAGCACACCCUGAACAUGUAUCCCCCUGCGCAGACGCACAGUGAGCCCAGCGGGCCAGAAACCAGCGUACAGGCAGUAUCUGGCACAGCCACACAGACAGACGAUUCAGCACAGACAGACAGCCAACAGCAAACACAGACAUCCGAAAACACAGAAAACAAAUCGCAGCCCAAGAGGCUCCACGUCUCCAACAUCCCCUUCAGGUUCAGAGAUCCAGACCUCAGGCAAAUGUUUGGCCAAUUUGGGAAAAUCUUAGAUGUUGAAAUCAUAUUUAAUGAGCGAGGAUCAAAGGGUUUUGGUUUCGUAACUUUCGAAAAUAGUGCCGAUGCGGACAGGGCCAGAGAGAAAUUACACGGCACGGUGGUAGAAGGUCGUAAAAUAGAGGUUAACAAUGCAACAGCACGGGUAAUGACGAAUAAAAAGACAGUCAACCCAUAUGCAAACGGCUGGAAGUUGAAUCCAGUCGUGGGUGCAGUCUACAGCCCAGAAUUCUAUGCAGUGCCAGGGUUCCCAUACCCAGCAGCUACAGCAGCAGCGGCGUACAGAGGGGCACACCUACGAGGAAGAGGGCGCACCGUCUACAACACGUUCCGAGCAGCCGCUCCUCCCCCACACAUCCCAGCCUACGGAGGUGUUGUUUACCAGGACGGAUUUUAUGGUGCAGAUAUUUAUGGUGGUUACACUGCCUACCGAUACGCUCAGCCUGCUACCGCUACCGCUGCUGCCUACAGUGACAGUUACGGAAGAGUUUAUGCUGCCGACCCCUACAACCACGCACUUGCUCCAGCAGCCACAUACAGCGUUGGUGCCAUGAAUGCUUUCGCUCCCUUGACUGAUGCCAAGACCAGAAGCCACGCCGAUGAUGUGGGUCUCGUUCUUUCUUCUUUGCAGGCUAGUAUAUAUCGAGGUGGAUACAGCCGUUUCGCGCCAUACUAAAAAAAACCUUUCCAAACCUAUUGAGAAUCUUCCUGUGGGGUAAAGGAGGAGUUAUUCAGAGGCCUGGGUAUUGCAAUACAUGCAGUAGUGCAUCAUUUUAGCAUCUCUUAAGAGAGAGAAGACAAAAACUGAUAUUUUUCAUCUUAUACCUCAGAUAUUUUGUGCUGUGUAUUUUAAUAUUGUGGGUUUUUAAUUUCUAAAGAUUACAUAGAUUGUUGGCUGUAGAGGUUUCUGUGGUGAUCUAGAGAGCUGCUAGAUUAAAAAAAAAGAAUAGAAAAACAUGAAACAAAAACAUAAGAUACGAAUUGUUAGGGCUUUAUCAUGUAAAUGAGUUAUGUAUGAUAAAUAUUCAAGUCACUCUGGGGUUAUCAUAUUUUGUAAGAGUGUAAGUGACUAGAGUCGUCUAGUGGUUUCUGCUUUGGUUCACAUCGCCUUUUUUGUCUCACUUUGGUUCCUUUCAUUUCUGGGUUCUGUAGAGGAAGAGCAGAGGGGUUUGUGGGUAGAGUAGGAGUAGAUACGGAUACAUUCUCUGUGGUGGGCGAAAGACUGGGCUGGCAGUAUGGGUUGGUGUGCGCGGUGAAGACGCGGAGCUGGUUAAAGAGACCACUGAGGUAUCGAUUAUUUAAGCUGUCUUAUAUCAGUCAUUACUCAAAGCCAAAGGUUAUGUUCCUGGGGUGUUAAAUGUGUAUAUUCAGAUUAUACAUAGCAGCUCGUAGAAACUCCCCGAAAGUUCACCACGACAGUAUUUUACUGUUUAACUAAACUAUUAUCUAGUCCUUAAGUCAGACCCUUACUAGUUUAGGCCUACCACAUGAUGUUCUUUUUAUAUUGAAGUACUUCCAGUACGUCGAUUGAUAUAAAUGCUGACUUUUGUAAUACGGGAGAGAUGAAACACAAAAAAAAAAGAAGGCGGCGACAGUCGCACCGAUUCUAUUUUUUUUUCUUUUAUGUUUUUCCAGAGGUAAAGAAACUCUGAUUAUUUGUACAAGAUGAGAGUGAAAAAAUAAAUUAACAGUGUAUUCAAUUUGAUCUGUGCGGUGAAAAUGUUCUCUUAUACGAAAAACACAACUGUAUAAUGUUUUAGACUUAGUGUGGUAGAACAACUGUUAGAGAAAGGUGUCUCAUUUUUUAUGGAGUCAUACACAGAUUUAUAUCAACACUUUACAAGUAAUGCAAUCAUAAUGUAGAUAUAAUCAUAGUAUUUUUGUCAACUGUACAAUUUUGCACACACAACCUGCAAUUUUUUCAUCACUUCUCAAUUGUGGGAUGUUAUGUUAUUGUCUCUCUUUUUUUGUAUGUUGUUGUUUGGUUCGGCUUCUCUCGAGUGUUUAGUUUUGAUAUCAUUUUUAAUGUGACAUCCUUUGUAAUAUUAUUUUCUAGAACACAGCCUUUACACUUUGAAACUGUUUGAUUAUCAAGAAACUGAGAAAUAUAUGACUUGUGAAAAAGAUAUCUAUAUGUAAAUAGGAAUAAUGAGAAUUAUGUCAUUUACAAGUGCUACACAAACAAGCUGUCAAGGUGAACCCGAUGAGUCGCAGCUUGGUUGUGCGUAUGCGAAGACUUCCCUUCAUGUUGUUUACAAGUAUACCGAAUUAGAGGUUUUGUCAAAUAUCUCGUUUUUCUUUCUUUUGUAUUUAUAAAAGUUUCAAUUGCAUAAAAUACAAACAAAAGAGCGGCUUAAAUUUAUCCAGCUGCAAAUAUCCUCUUGUGUACUGUGUGCGUCACAUCACACAACUUGGCAAAAAUAUCUUACCCACUGCUGUGAUUCUGCUCUUUCUGCUUUCAGUACGUGUUGUGGACAGGCUUUUUCCUUGUCAUUGUAUGUGCAUGAACUAUGAUCUGCAUAACAAUAACCAUCAAUAAAGUUUCUCAAGAUAAGGGGA